AUGGCUGAACGACGGGGAGACAUCGAGUUGCGCUACAAUGCGACAGCCUUGGAUUAUAUCCUCCUGCUGCCUCUGUUCGGGAAAAUGUUCCUUGCCGUCGUUGCCCGGCUUCUCAUCCGUCCAUUCUCCAAGCGUCCCAAACCCCGAACACUGCUCAAGGAUGUGGUGUUCACCAUCCUCCGCACUUUCCUGGGCGGUGUCAAUGUCGCCCAAGAUACUUUGUUCUCUAUCUCCACCGCCGACGGGUAUGCGUCAUUCGUGAAGAAAAACAAACUUCCCGCCACCGAGACUGUCCUCGGCUCCGGUCUCAAGGCGUUCUGGUUUGGGCCCAAAUCCGCGGACAAGAUCGUUCUGUUCUUCCACGGUGGCGGGUACGCAAAGGCGGCCAGCCCGGGACACUUCGCAUGGCUGCAUGACCUGCAGAAGGACCUCGCCGCCAAGGGCCACAGCGUGAGCGUCUUCUUGCCGGCGUACGAGGUCACGACCGAUCGUCCAUCGCCCAAGGGGCGUUAUCCGAUUCAAUUACAGCAGGCUGCCGAAUCUCUAGCCUGGCUGAUCGAAAAGGAGCACAAGAAACCUAGUGACAUCAUCGUCGCUGGCGACUCGGCAGGAGGCCAUAUGACCAUCUCUUUGCUAUCUCAUCUACUCCACCCGCAUCCCGCUGCGACCAAGAUCACCCUCGCGGAGCCAUUGGCGUCGGCCAUCCUCAUCUCGCCAUGGAACAAGCUGUUCCCCUCGCCGAGCUCCAUGGAUACUUACAAGCAAACGAGCGACAUGAUCAUCCCGAGCGCCGGCCAGCGAUGGUCAUCCAUGUACCUAGGUCUCCAGGAAGAGGACUCCUACAACAACCCGCACAUCGCGCCCCCGGAGUGGUUCGGCGGUCUGGAGGGACAAGUCCGCGACGUCCUGGUCUGGGGCGGCGGCGGCGAGGCCAUCAUCACGACCAUUGUGAACUUCUCCGAGAAGCUCAAAACGGCGCACCCGAAGGUCGAACUGGUCGUCCAGCCGGGCGCGGCUCAUGAUGACCCUAUCAUUGAGAAACUGUUGGGGUAUAAGGAGAAGCAUGAGGGGACGAGGGUGAUUGAGGCGUGGAUCGGUGAGAGACUAUAG